CGAGGCUCGAUCGGAGCACGGAGAAUGCCCAUUUAACUCGCCCUCUCCUGCCCAUCGGCUGCCAGGCGCUCGCCUCGGUGCCUGCAGCCAGCGUCUGCGAGCCGCGCCCGGGGAAGUGCCGCAUGGGGCAGGGCCGCUGAGGCGCGGAGUUGGGGAUCCCUUCGCGCCCCAACCAGCGCAGGGAUCCAGUGCGGCUGUUGGCAGUUUCGGCGGCGCCUUGCACAGCCAGACUUGGGGGCGCGGUGCGCCAGGCGGGCCACCCCGCUGCUCACCAGAGGAACGAGUUAUGGAGCCGCCCAGCUGCAUUCAGGAUGAGCCGUUCCCGCACCCGCUGGAGCCGGAGCCGGGCUCCCCAGCGCAGCCUGGCCAGGGGAAGCCGGGCGACAAGCAGUUCCGGCUCUGGUACGUGGGAGGCUCGUGCCUGGACCGUAGGACAACGCUGCCCAUGCUGCCCUGGCUCAUGGCCGAGAUCCGCCGGCGCAGUCAGAAGCCGGAGGCUGGCGGCUGUGGGGCCCCCGCGGCCCGUGAGGUCGUCCUGGUGCUCAGCGCGCCCUUCCUGCGCUGCGUCCCCGCGCCCGGGGCCGCCGGGGGCGCGGGACCCUCGGCCCCACAGCCCAACCCCGCCGUGUUCAUCUUCGAGCACAAGGCGCAGCACAUCGCGCGCUUCAUCCACAACAGCCACGACCUCACCUACUUUGCCUACCUGAUCAAGGCACAGCCGGACGACCCCGAGUCGCAGAUGGCCUGCCACGUUUUCCGCGCUACCGACCCCAAUCAGGUCCCCGAUGUCAUGAGCAGCAUACGACAGCUAUCCAAAGCCGCCAUGAAAGAAGGAGCCAAGCCCAGCAAAGACAACGAGGACGCCUUUUACAACUCGCAGAAGUUCGAGGUCCUGUACUGCGGCAGGGUGACGGUGACGCACAAGAAGGCCCCGUCCAGCCUCAUCGACGACUGCAUCGAGCAGUUCAGCCUGCACGAGCAGCUGCGCCUGCGGCUGCAGGGCGAGGAGCCGGGGGCCCCGGAGGCCGAGGUGCCCGGGUCCCCGGGCCACAGCUUGCCGGAGGAGGCCGAAGGCCCCGCCGACAGCCCCCCGGCCCUGCCAGUCCUGGCCAGCCAGCCCGCGCUGCCCAGCAAUCGUCUUUGCUUCCCAGAGCGGAUUCUGGAAGACGGUGACUUGGAUGAGCAGCAGGAGUUUCGGGCUCGUUGCAGCAGCGUCACCGGCGUCCUGCAGAAGAAGAUUCACGAGAACAGCCAGACGUCACAGCCCAGGAGGAGACACGCCAGCGCGCCCAGCCACGUCCAGCCCUCCGACUCCGAGAAGAAUAGAACCAUGCUCUUUCAGGUUGGACGAUUUGAGAUUAACCUUAUCAGUCCAGAUAGUAAAUCAGUUGUGCUAGAGAAGAAUUUUAAAGAUAUUUCCUCUUGUUCUCAGGGUAUAAAGCACGUUGAUCACUUUGGCUUUAUCUGUCGGGAGUCUCCAGAGCCUGGGCUGAGUCAAUACAUUUGUUACGUGUUCCAGUGUGCCAGUGAGUCUCUGGUGGAUGAGGUCAUGCUGACCCUGAAGCAGGCAUUCAGCACGGCGGCUGCACUGCAGAGUGCCAAGACGCAGAUCAAGCUGUGUGAAGCCUGCCCCAUGCACUCUUUGCAUAAGCUCUGUGAGAGGAUUGAAGGUCUCUACCCACCAAGAGCCAAACUGGUGAUCCAGAGACAUCUCUCAUCACUGACAGAUAAUGAGCAAGCUGACAUCUUUGAGCGAGUUCAGAAAAUGAAGCCCAUAAGUGACCAGGAAGAAAAUGAACUGGUGAUCUUGCACCUGCGGCAGCUGUGUGAGAGCAAGCAGAAGACACAUGUGCAUACCGGGGAAGGGCCGGCCGUGUCGAAUAUUUCAAAUAGUACAAUCCCAGAAAAUGUAACGAGUGGUGGAAGAUUCAAGCUGGACAUUUUGAAAAAUAAAGCAAAGAGAUCCUUAACCAGCUCCCUGGAAAAUAUCUUCUCAAGGGGAGCUAACAGAAUGAGAGGUCGACUCGGAAGUAUGGACAGCUUUGAGCGGUCUAACAGUCUUGCAUCAGAGAAGGACUACUCUCCAGGGGACUCUCCUCCAGGAACCCCACCAGCCUCGCCCCUGUCCUCUGCCUGGCAAGCCUUCCCCGAGGAAGAUUCGGACUCCCCGCAGUUCCGAAGACGGGCGCACACCUUCAGCCACCCUCCUUCGAGCAGCAGGAGAAAGCUGAACCUCCAGGAUGGCAGGGCCCCCGGGGUGCGCUCGCCUCUGCUGAGGCAGAGCUCCAGCGAGCAGUGCAGUGAUGGAGAAGGAAGAAAACGGACCUCGUCUACCUGUAGCAAUGAGUCCCUGAACGUCGGAGGAACCCCUGUCACUCCGCGUCGGAUCUCCUGGCGACAGCGUAUUUUCCUGCGGGUUGCAUCGCCCAUGAACAAAUCCCCCUCAGCUAUGCAGCAGAAAGAUGGACUGGACAAAAACGAGCUGCUACCCCUGUCCCCACUCACUCCUACUAUGGAGGAAGAGCCUCUUGUUCUAUUCCUGUCUGGUGACGAUGACCCAGAAAAGGCCGAAGAGAAAAAGAAAUCAAAAGAACUAAAGAGCUUGUGGAAGAAAGCUAUACACCAGCAAAUCUUGUUGCUUCGAAUGGAGAAGGAGAACCAGAAACUGGAAGCAAGAAGAGAUGAACUCCAGUCCAGGAAAAUUAAGUUAGACUAUGAGGAAGUUGGUGUGUGUCAGAAAGAAGUUUUAAUAACCUGGGAUAAGAAGCUGCUAAACUGUAGAGCUAAAAUCAGAUGUGAUAUGGAAGAUAUCCAUACUUCUCUUAAAGAAGGAGUUCCUAAAAGUCGACGAGGAGAAAUUUGGCAGUUCCUAGCUUUGCAAUACCGUCUGAGACACAGGCUGCUGAACAAACACCAGCCCCCCGACACCUCCUACAAAGAACUUCUCAAGCAGCUCACUGCCCAGCAGCACGCCAUCCUCGUGGAUCUGGGAAGGACAUUUCCUACUCACCCCUACUUUUCAGUGCAGCUGGGCGCAGGGCAGCUGUCGCUCUUUAACCUCCUGAAAGCCUAUUCUUUGCUGGACAAGGAGGUGGGCUACUGUCAGGGGAUCAGCUUCGUGGCUGGAGUCCUGCUUCUGCACAUGAGUGAAGAACAAGCCUUUGAAAUGCUGAAAUUCCUCAUGUAUGACCUGGGCUUCCGCAAGCAGUACCGGCCCGACAUGACAUCUCUCCAGAUUCAAAUGUACCAGCUGUCCCGGCUCCUUCAUGACUACCACCGAGAACUCUACAAUCAUCUGGAGGAAAAUGAGAUCAGCCCCAGCCUUUAUGCCGCCCCUUGGUUCCUUACGCUCUUCGCCUCUCAGUUUCCAUUAGGAUUUGUAGCCCGAAUUUUUGAUAUGAUUUUUCUUCAGGGAACUGAAGUUAUAUUUAAGGUUGCACUCAGCUUACUGAGCAACCAAGAGACACUUAUAAUGGAGUGUGAAAACUUUGAAAAUAUUGUCGAAUUUCUCAAAAGCACGCUUCCUGAUAUGAACUCCUCUGAAAUGGAAAAAAUUAUUACCCAGGUUUUUGAGAUGGAUAUUUCCAAACAGUUGCAUGCCUAUGAAGUGGAGUAUCAUGUGCUGCAGGAUGAGCUGCAAGAAUCGUCCUUUGCCUGUGAGGACAACGAAUCUUUGGAGAAGCUCGAGAGGGCCAACAACCACCUGAAGAGGCAGAACAUGGACCUCCUUGAAAAGUUACAGGUGGCUCAUGCCAAAAUCCAGGCCUUGGAAUCAAACCUGGAAAAUCUUUUGACCAGAGAAACCAAAAUGAAGACUUUAAUCCGAACCCUGGAACAAGAAAAAAUGGCUUAUCAAAAGACAGUGGAACAAAUUCGGAAGCUGGUGCCUGGAGAAGCUCUUGCCAACUGUGAGAUGCUGUUGAGAGACUUAAACUGCAACCCUAACAACAAAGCCAAGGCAGGAAAUAAGCCAUAAUUCCCAACACGCAGCCUCAGCACCAAGCCCUCCUUUGCAUUGGAUUGAGGAAGCACUUGCAUGCAGCUGGCUCAUGCUGGACCAGAAACUGGAAGAGCCACCGUGCACUGGUGCCAAGCCCCUGGUGAGCAGAACGUGCCAAUCCUAAGCCAUUGUACAGAAAAUCCAGACUGAUUUUUUUUCUUGUUGUUGCUGCCUAUGUAUAUAUAUAAUAUAUAUGUAAAAUGGACAUAAAGAGUUCAUGCUUUCAAAUAUGCCAAGUAGACUUGUAUUUACAACAAUUUUUUAUUUCAGCCAGAAACUUUAUGAAAUUUACGCCAAAGGGAAGUUGAUGUGAAAUUCCCCAUGGACACGUGGAAAAAGUGUUUUUUUUGUUUGCCUUUGUAGUGAAACAAAGCUAGAUAACAUCUAUGUAUAUUGAAAUAUACUUGAAAAAAAAUGAAUGUAUUUUUUUUUUCCUCCAAAGAAUAGCAUGUUUCACUCAAGGGUGGAAGGUGGAAACACUGCUCUUAACUUCAUGUGUAUCUGUCUUAAAUUCUACUGACAUUGUCUGUAGAGGCACAUGACUGGUUGUUAGGCACAAUCCUUUGGGAUAUUGAGGAAGGCGAUGGCUUUGUGCUAACAGGGUUGUGUCUCUAUGAGUUUUGAGUCUAGCCUAGGCCUCAUUUUAGAUAUUCUAAGGAAAAAUCGGGACAUCGUGGCUGAAUCUACCCAGCUCAAGGUAAAGGAUAAUGUUGCAAAUUUUACAGCAGUUUGGUCAUUUAAGCGGAAACCAUCAGGCUUCAGAAAUAGAAUUUUGGACCUAAAUUGCAUAGAUUAGUCUUUUCCCUUUUUGUUUAAAUGAUUUCUGCCAUUAUGCUUGGCUACCUUUGCCAAGUGAGGUAUAUUUGACAUUUUCCCAUGCUAAUUACCAUGAAAGCUCUCAAAUCAGUUCUCUCUCUACUUUCAAUAUAAGAUAAGGAAGGACAAUUAUGAUUCAUUUUUCCCAAAGAUGGCGUCCUGUGUUUAGGCACUUUUCCCCGCUUAGCCAAUUGACAGACUCCAAUAAAUUCUGCAUCAUCUUCCCCUUUCAUGGGAAAAUUUUAGGAGAACUGUGAAAUGUUUAGGAAAUUCCCAGGAAGGGAUGGGAAAGAUGGCACCAGCCCAACCAAACCCUAAAAUUCUAUAUUUGGUCUUUGAAUUGUCUCUGUGUACGAAUAGCUUAUUGGUGGACACUGUUGCGUGCUAGAUAUAUAUUAAGAAAAGUUAAUUUUCAAAGUACCCACGCAGUCCUUCACAGCUGAGAUGAAUUUGUGAUAGUGCCUCUGAAAUGGAUGCAGACAUUUUGUUUUUCCAAAAUGUAUUUAUUAUUACUGCCUUUUGUAUUUGUAUUUUUUAUUUUUGCAGGACUUGUGGCUUCAUAGAUGGAUUCUUUAGGAUAGUUUUCUUCAAAGAGAGUUUGUUUUCCAUAAUCUGAAAUGUUUCAUGUAGGGUAAGCAUCAAGCUCUGAGGAUUUCAGAAACCCUUGAUGAACCACAGAAACCCCAUUUACACUGUUAAUCAGUGUAAAACCGAUCAUUCUUCCUGUAGAUCAGCAUGCUAUGUGAUUUCUCACCCAACAAUCAAGUCUGAGUAGCAAGUAAAUUUAGUGUAACUUCUAGGUCCUGGGAGAUGGUGAUUCUAAAUAUCCCAUUUAGUUGAGAUCACCAAAGUAUUUGUUGCUUGGCUUUCCCAAAAAUGUCCCUAUUUAUAGGAAGGUAGAGUUAAUUUUUUAAAUUAUUGUCUUUAAGUGUGGACAAAGAGGUUUCCAUUAAACAAGUCAGAUUAUGAGUAUAAAGGAUCUUGAUCAGUAUUACCUCGGAGGUUUUUAAAAUUCCCUAUCAAUAGGAGAAAUACAUUCUUCUUAUCAUAGAGUAACAUGGAAUUUGCCUUAUGGAUGUGAUACACAGGUGUUAGCCAGUGGGGCUUCAAGUUGGGGAAGGUCACUUCUUUCUGAUACUCAGUUUCAACUUUAUUCUGGAUGUUUAGGGUCAACCUUAUGAAUUGCAUCAUGGUGUUCAGAGAUCAAGGUGACUCAGAUAGUCUUUUCUCUUGACAGUCAGUUUUUCUGUUUCAUUUGUGACUCUUAAACAUGUUACAUCAACUAUACUCCAUAUAUUUUGCAUCUGUAUCAGAUUAAUGUCAUGUCGAAUUCAUUUCCAAUAAAUAUAUUGUUGCAGUUUU